CCAGAACGUCCUGCUCGUGUUUCCUCCGGAGCACCAGGGGGCGGCACGGCGCUCCUCCUUCGACCGGAUGUUUUCACCGGAAAUUCCCGCGAGCUGCCCGCACGUUCGGCUCGGCCAGCACAAACCGAACUGAAACCGAACCGGAGCAGCUUUUGGUUCCGCGGAUCCCAGAUCCAGACCGGUACCGCCUGAUGCUGGAGGUUUCUCAAACCGGUUCCGGUUCUGGUUUCGUCAGAACCAGCGGGUCCAGUCCAGACUGUCAGUCGGGUUAGAAAUGAAAACAGUAUUGGACUUUAUUCAGUUCUAUCUCUGUACCAGGUCCGUUUACCAGUUUCAGAACCCGACCAGAACCCCUCAGUCCUAAAGGGUCUAAUAAUCAGUUCCAGUCUGUUUAUGUGUGACUGCCGGCGGACACACAUAAACAUGGUCAUGUAAGCUGCAGCGUGUAAGCAGAUAAAAGAGGCUAAAAGAGAAAGAGGAAACGACAGAACCUACAACAACCGGAAGAACAGAAACGGCAGCAUGAAUCAGCUGUUUGGCUACUUCCGGUCAGCGGAUCUGUUUCUCCUCUAUUUUAUGGUUUAUGUUUAUUAAUUUAGUUUAACUUUUUGUUUACUUGUGUCUUUUUAACCUCAGAUGACGUUUUUUCCUUCCGCAUGGUUUUAAUUUUUCUUCUUCUUGUCAGGAUGGAGCUUUCAGCUCUUCUUCAUGACCUUCAUCUCUCCUCCUCCUCAGAGAAGACACGCCCCUCUAUUCCCCUCCCACCAAUCACAGAGAUCCUCUCUGAACUGCAGAAGAAGCUGAUUGGUGUGGCUGAAAGCAGCGCUCUGAUUGGCCAGGUUGAGCAUCUGUUCCAGGCUGCAGAUCCUGAUUGGCUGUUCCCUCCGCUGUUGGAUGACCAUGACCGCGGGUGGGCGGAGCUCCAGGCAGCGUACAGCUCAGUGAUCAGCGCUCUGAUUGGUUGUGCUGCUCUGCCGCUCUGCGAGGAGGAUUGCGGCCCGUUACAUGCCUCAGCCUAUCAGAGCGUCCCGAAGCGCGCCACCGCUGUAAGCUCCGCCCUCACAGCGCUGCUAGGGAACUGGGAGGAAGGGGGCGGAGCCAGAAGAGCCAGGCUGCUCCUCGCUGUGGCUCCUCCCAUCUACCUGUUCUCUGUCACGCAUUUCCAGGAUGAGGUUUGGACCAGCAUCGCUUCUAGAACCGCGGCGCGGCGCCUACAGGGGGCGCUGCUGAGGGCAGGCGGAUGGAGAGACUCCGCCCAUCUGCUGGCAGGGGAGGAGGAGGACAGGUGCAUUCUGGGAGGAGUAAUGGACAUCCUGCAGCCUCAGCUGACCAGGGAGUCAUGGCGACGGUGUGCCGCCUUGAAGCUUCAGUUCUCCUGGACGCUGCUGCAGGUGACACGCCCCUUCUUGUCCCCCUUCCUGCCUCGGCUCCUCCCCCCUUCGCUCCUCCUGAAUGACGACUACAGGCCGGAGAACUGCAUGCUGGGGGUUCGCUGUCUGCAUCACAUCGUUCUCAACACGCCCGCUGCAGAGCUUCGUCAGUUUAACAGAGCCGAGGUUCUGUACCAGGCUCUGUUCAGACACCUGUACACGAGUGAGGCCGCUGUCAUCCAGCUCGUUCUCUCCUGCCUGCUCGACCUGCUGUUGGUUCUGGAGAAGCCGCCCUCCUCCGACUGCCGCAGGAAGCCAUGUCGCCAUGACGACGUGCUGCAUCUGGUUCUGACUCACAUGGAGGCGGAGCAUAAGGUGGCGCUGAGGCGCGUCUACUCCUCGGCCCUGCCGCUCUACGUGGAGAGGGUGGGUGUGGCCGUGUGCAGACACCUGCGGCGGCUGCUGCCGGUGCUGCUGGGUUACCUGGAGGUCGGGGAUCCGCCGGAGGAGUCGGUUCGGCUGAAGAUGCUGGAGGUUCUGCAGUCGACCAUCAGGCUGGCGUGGCCACGGAUGGCGAGCCGCACCAAUGUGCUGCUCCGCUGUUUGCUGCGGCUGCUGGUCGACGUCACUGCAGACCCGGGACUCAGCGACUCGGUCCGGCUGCAGCUCAUGGAGGGAAGCUCCACCUCCCUACGCCUGCUGGACGCCGCCACGCAGCAACGCAUUCAGCGGCUCCUCCUGCAGGUCGACAGACGCCACUGCAGCCCUCAGGUUCUCUGUUGCCUGGCAACCGUGACAGCAGAGGGAAAGCACACCUGAAGCACCUGGAGCUUUAAGAGACCGAGCAGCACCAAGCCGCAGCCGAGUCCAAAGGUCGGCCCACCAGAACCAGAGGGUGGGGACUCACUUCCUGCUGGGUUUUCAGAGUAAAACGUUUUGGAGAACAAGGUUCAGAUCAGUCCUGGGGACUAAUCUGACCUUGUCAGAAGGACCCAAACAAGUCCAGAGGAUCAGCAGCUGGCUGCAUAAAUUAAAUGUUUUUUGAAUUCAUGUAAUAAAGUUUUUCUGUAGCUCUUC